CUGAAAAUAAAGAGGCACUCGCACACGGUCCCCUCCUCUCGCGUGGCUCUUCUUGCUCUCCAUUGCGUUUGCGCAGGAGGAGACAGGUUUGCACUCGGUGAAAUCAUCUCAGUGUACAUCUGAUUACUGGCCCAUUGAUGUCUUUGUCAAUCUCUAUUAAGCCUCAUAUAAAUAAUAGGAUUGUCAGAGAUUUUACUUCUCUCUCGUGGCUCUUUUCUUGCUCCAUUGCGCAGAGCUGAAAAAGAGUCUUGACAGUAAAGAAAAUGCCACAUAGAACUCGACCUAUGACUGCACUCUUGGUGUUUACUGGGCUGAAUAUUGUACUAGUUUCAACCAUUACCCCAGUCUAUGAUUUUGUCUGCUUCCUUCCAUACUGGGAAAGAAGGAGAGAACGACGUCGUCAGGAACGUGAAGCAAUUUUAUCAAAUGGUCCUGAAUCAAAAUAGAAUAUUAGUGAGGUCAAACCUCUUGAGUUACAGGUUUUAAGCUUUUUCUAAUAUUUAAUGUAGUUCUGCUCUAUGAUUUAUUGUAAGAUUUUAGUAAAUUAAGGAUAAGAAGGUAUACGAAGCUUUUGCAUGCCUGCUUAUGGAUGUUCUCUCCGUAUAUUGUAUAAUCCAUUUAUAAAAUAUGUUUAAAAUAAAACCUUAAAGAUUUAGAGGAGAUUACAGUUCAUGUGAUGCAGGACAACACAAGGUGGGGUGUUGCCUAUGAUUAAGCAGAGAAGAACAGGGAGGAGAAAAGAGAUAAAGUAAAGUAGGAGACAAUCAAGGCACCAAGCCUUCAAUAAGACUUCAAUAUUUCGUUCAUCCAAUCUGGUUUGCUUUGCAAGGAAGUGCCUUGUUUAUAGGCUUCAAAUAGAACUCUUAGUAACUUCUAGAAAUACAAAAAUGCUCAUUAAAUAAGGAUUGAGUAAUAACACUUUUAUUUAUUUCAUGAUUCUUGCACUACCAUGUACAUUUCAUUAUAGCAUUAUCAUGAAGAGGAUAUUUUUUUCUCCCA